UAAAUCAAUAGACUGACACACAAUCAUCAUCAUCAUCAAAAACUACACAAGCAUAUUUACUCACAACUAAGAGAUCAUGGAGAUGCAAACAAAAUGCGACUUGGAACUUCGCCUUCUUACUUCUUCAUAUGCUUCUUCUGAUUUCCAUAGCUCGGUGGACAAAUCAAGCAGCUCUGAAAUUUCACAACCAAAGCAUGAAUCUCAGAUAUUAACCAUCUUCUACAACGGGCACAUGUGUGUUUCUUCAGAUCUUACCCACCUUGAGGCUAAAGCUAUACUAUCGCUAGCGAGUAGAGAUGUGGAAGAGAGAUCGUUAUCGUUGAAAAGCUCAGACGAUUCGGAACCUCCAACACUCCCAAAAUAUUCGCCCCGAUUUCAUAAUCAAAAGGUCUCUAUGAAGAGAUCUCUUCGGAGUUUUCUUCAGAAACGAAAUGUUCGGAUUCAAGCAACUUCCCCUUAUUCCCGAUAACAUAAUUUGUUUGAUUUCAUUUUUCCUCUUUGCUUCCAAUAUAAUCCAAUUGUGUUGAUUAUUUUUUCGUGUUUCGGAUGGAUUAUAGACCCUUAGUUAAGAGUUUUAAGGUUUCAGAUUUUCAAGCAACUUGUGUUUAGUGUUCAAGAAAAGGACUUUUAGCUUCUAGUCACCUUAACUGGGGCCUAGACGUUUUUAAUGGUUUCAAGUUUGUUUGGAUGAUAAAAAAAAAAAAAAAUCAGAUUA